AUGUCGUCCCUCAAGACCAUCAAGCUCUAUGACCACGCUGGGGGCCCAAACCCUCCCAAGGUCAAAAUCAUUCUUCGGGAACUGGGCAUCCCAUACGAGAGUGUGUAUCCCGACAAGAUCAAGGAGGAACCAUACACCGAUAUCAAUCCAAAUGGGCGUCUUCCCGCCAUCGAGGAUCCCAACACUGGACUGACUCUUUGGGAGUCCGGAGCUAUCAUUGAAUACCUGAUCGAUGAGUAUGACAAGGAAGGCAAGCUUUCCUACACCUCCUUCCCAGAGAAGUGGCAACAGAGUGCCUGGAAGACAUUUCAGAUGAGUGGCCAAGGGCCGUACUUUGGUCAGAGGAUGUGGUUCGGUGAGAAGAUUCCUUCGGCCAUCGACCGCUACAGCGCCGAAAUCAAGCGUGUUCUCGGUGUCAUCGAUGCCCACUUGACCAAGACCGGGCAGCCAUACCUGGUGGGUUCGAAGAUUAGCUACGCCGACCUCAUGUUCGUGACGUGGAACCAUGUUUUGCCCUUUGCGAUGGGAGAGGAGUUCAUGAAGGAUUUUGAGAAGGAUAUGCCGAAGGCGUACAAAUGGAUGCAGGAGUUGGAGGCACGAGAGAGUGUAAAGAAGGUUUAUGCUGAUAUUGCUGAAUAUUCAGCCAAGCAUGGGAAGAAGCACUAG